GAGAGCGUGUGCCGCAUGACUCACUGAGUGCUGGGAGAAAAAAAAAAAAGUAUAUGCACUUACUGUAUUUCACAGACGCAGUUCAGACGCCUCAACAGCUUCAAUUUCAAAACUCAAAGUUAGCAGCGUGCGCUCGUUUUGCUCACCUUUUAGAAGAAAAAAAAAGAGUUGAAAAGUGGACCACCGCCGCCGACAGUUCGGGGUUACUGUCACUCUCCGCUGCGCCCAGGUAUAUAUUAACCAGUGAGUUUACCAGAAGUAACCAUGAAUAAAUCAGACAUGGUGCCUUCGACAACGCUCUCCUCCUAUACAAACGCAACAGCUGUGACAGAGGCACCAGAUAUGGGACUUUUAACAUCACUUCCCACACAAGCAGACACCACCAUGAUUCAGGUGGUAACAACAGCAGCCCCCACAGGUCCAGACUCCGCAGUUAUUGCAGUGGUUAUUGUUCUUAUCCUGCUGACGAUAGCUGCCUUGGGCAUCCUGCUUUACCGGUAUCUCUGCCACAACAAAGGAGACUACAGGACGACGGGGGAGCUGGCUCCGGGAGAGGACCCCGAUGAAGAGUACAGUAACCAGGCUAUGAGCGAAAAGAAGGAAUACUUCAUAUGAACCUGGUGAAGCCCUACAGGGAGUGAACAGGGCUUAAGAAAGAGAAAAAAGGGUCUGUGAAGGACUAGGACUGUUUUUUUUUUUUUUGGUUUUUGUAUCUGUGUUUUGAGGGAAGGCUGCUACUUGCUGCUCACGGUGGAGGAGGGGGGGCAAAGAAAAGAACCUUGUUUAUUAAAAAAUGAUUAUGAUAAACGGAGAGAGGAGCACGAGCAAUACCAAAGAUAAGGUUGUUGUAGUGAGAGUGCGGAUUGAUGGAUGGAGAGCAGGUGAACCAGACAACAGGUGUGUUCAGAUUAGCAGAGCUAGGCGUGAAACAGGUGGUGGGAUUUUAAAAUAUCACAGCUACGCGAUCAGUUACAAUCAAAAUGUAAGAUUAUCUCAUCCGCUACACUAUUUAUCAGCCAGGUUUCCGUUUUUUAUUUAGCAUUUAUAAUAUGUUGUUUUGAUUCAGACAUACUGUAUUCCCCCCCUCCCCCCCAACAAACCCAGUACAAGACAUGUUCUGGGGCUACUGGGGGCAAUUACUUUUAUAUUGAUUUGCUUUUAAGACGAUAGUUUUCUAUGCAAUUCUUUUAUAAGCUAGUCAAAAACAGCUUUUUGUAUUUGAUUUUACUGUACCUGGUUUUGUUUUGUAUUAUUCCUCGCCAGACUUUGGUUACUGAUGACUUCCCUGUUUGAGAUAAAUGUGGAAGACAAUAAAAGGUUGUUUUUCAAA